GCCGGGAGUGACAGUGCCAAGCGAAACUCUUUUAAACCACCAGCUGGUCGCUGCCAUUUCUUUUCGUUUUCAUCGUCGUGAACUGCUGCUGCCGCCAUUUCCUUAUCUCUCUUAGCGACUAUUUACCAUUAAACGCAGAACUCAGCGCUAUCAUCACUGCGUUUCAGACGCUGCAGCACAUUUGGGGUCUGCAGACCAACUUGUUGCCACCAUGGCACCAGCACCAACAAUGAUCCAGGAAAAGUCGGCGAGUGCUGAGUUGGCAGCGCUGGCUGCAUCAUUCGACGAUACACUACGAUUUUACCUGAAUGGCACAAAGAUUGUGCUGGAGAAUAUCGAUCCCGAAGUCACCGUGCUGGAAUAUCUACGAGGUAUCGGUUUGACCGGCACAAAGCUAGGAUGUGGCGAAGGAGGAUGUGGUGCCUGCACCAUCGUCGUCAGCCAGUUCAACCCGACAACCAAGGAGAUAUACCAUGCGAGUGUCAACGCCUGCUUGGCUCCGCUAGUCAGUCUCGAUGGAAAACACGUCAUUACAAUUGAGGGUAUCGGAAACACCAAAGGUCCUCAUCCUACACAAGAGCGAGUUGCAAAGUCUCAUGGCAGCCAAUGUGGCUUCUGCACGCCCGGAAUUGUUAUGAGCUUGUACGCCCUGCUCCGAAACAACUCUGAGCCCUCAGAACACGAUAUGGAGGAGGCAUUCGACGGUAAUCUGUGCCGCUGUACCGGAUAUCGACCUAUUUUGGAUGCAGCACAUACCUUUAGCGCAAAACCAGCAUGCGGCAUGUCCAAGGCUAACGGGGGCGGUGGCUGCUGCAUGGAUGAGAAGAAGACCAACGGCACUACCAACGGCACUACCAAUGGUGUAGGAAAUGGUCCAACAAAUGGUGUCGGUCAUGAGGUUACAAAUGGAACAACAAAUCGAACGACCAAUGGCACUACGAACGGUACUACAAAUGGUGGUGGGUGUUGUAUGGACAAGGGCAACGGCAAACCCAGUGGCGGAUGCUGCAUGGAUAAGAAAACUGAUGAUCAACCCAUCAAACGAUUCACACCACCAGGGUUCAUUGAAUACAACCCAGAUACUGAACUAAUCUUCCCGCCACAGCUCAAGAAACAGGAACUUCGACCACUGUCCUUUGGCAACAAGCGCAAAACCUGGCUUCGCCCGGUUACUCUCGACCAACUCCUGCAAAUCAAGAGUGUAUAUCCUGAUGCCAAGAUCAUCGGUGGCAGUACGGAAACGCAAAUUGAAAUCAAAUUCAAGCAAAUCAAAUACCCCAUAUCUGUAUAUGUCGGUGACAUUGCAGAGCUUCGCCAGUACAAGUUCUACGACGACCAUAUCGAAAUUGGAGGCAACGUUGUCUUGACUGACGUCGAGGGCAUUUGCGAAAAGGCCAUGGGACACUAUGGACCAGUUCGGGGACAGGUAUUCGAGGGCAUCUUGAAGCAACUCAAGUAUUUUGCUGGCCGACAAAUCCGCAACGUGGGUACGCCAGCUGGUAACCUGGUCACGGCCUCUCCCAUCUCAGACUUGAAUCCUGCUCUUUGGGGCGCCAAUGCUGUUCUUAUUGCCAAGUCUGCGUCAAAGGAGACAGAGCUUCCAAUGAAUCAGUUUUUUAUUGGCUAUCGUAAAACAGCACUCCCUCAGGAUGCCAUCAUCUCUUCGAUACGCAUCCCCGUCACCGCCGCCAAGGGCGAAUGCUACCGCACAUACAAGCAAGCCAAGAGAAAGGAUGACGAUAUUGCUAUUGUGACCAGCUCGCUACGUGUCAAAGUUGACGAAGAGGGAAUAGUGGAGAGCUGCAAUCUCAUCUACGGCGGCAUGGGGCCGUUUACUCUUGCUGCUAAACAAGCGCAGGAAUACCUUAUUGGUAAGAGGUUUGCGGAACUCGAAACGCUUGAGGGAACCAUGUCUGCUCUAGAGCGCGACUUCGAUAUGAAGUACGACGUGCCAGGAGGCAUGCCCUCGUAUAGAAAGGCCCUCGCUUUUGGAUUCUUCUACCGAUUCUACCAUGACGCACUGUCGCAUAUGAGUGAGGCAGACGGCAAGGCCGAUCUCCAAGCUGUCGGCGAAAUUGAGCGAGCACUCUCAAAGGGAGCCAUCGAUGAACACUCUGCUGCCAAAUAUGAGAAAGAAGUAACGGGUAAAUCGAACCCGCAUGUUGCUGCUCUAAAGCAGACUACUGGCGAGGCGCAAUACACAGACGACAUUCCCGCGAUGAAAAAUGAGCUACACGCAUCCUGGGUGUUGUCGACAAAGCCCCAUGCCAAGAUCAAGUCGAUUGACUAUGGCCCAGCCCUCGAUAUGCCUGGUGUUGUGGACUAUGUCGAUCAUACUGAUAUGCCCUCCCCAGAAGCCAACAAAUUCGGUACGCCAUUCUUCGAUGAUACCAUUUUUGCUGUGGACAAGGUUUACACGGCUGGUCAGCCCAUUGCUUUGAUUCUAGCCACGUCCGCUUCUAGAGCUCACGAAGCUGCUAGAGCUGUUAAAAUCGAAUACGAGGUCCUGCCUGCAGUUUUAAGUAUCGAGGAUGCCAUCGAGGCCGACAGCUAUCUUGAUUUCUCAAAGCAGAUUGUCAAGGGCGACACAGAAAAGGCGUUUGCCAACUCCGACUACGUAUUCACUGGCACUGUCCGAAUGGGUGGUCAGGAGCACUUUUACCUGGAAACAAAUGCCUGUCUCGUGGUUCCUAAGCCAGAAGACGGCGAGAUGGAGAUCUUUGCCAGCACGCAAAACACGACUGAAACACAAACAUUUGCUGCUCGCGCCUGCGAUGUCGCUUUCAACAAGGUUGUGGUUCGUGUAAAGCGUCUCGGAGGUGGUUUUGGUGGCAAGGAGAGUCGUCCCGCCGUGUUGAGCUCUGCGGUUGCUCUCGCAGCCAAAAAGACGAAAAAGCCCGUGCGAUGCAUGUUGACACGUGAGGAUGACAUGCUUACCUCGGGUCAGCGACAUCCUUUCCUUGGCAAGUACAAGCUUGGUAUCAACAAGGAUGGCAAGAUCCAGGCUUUGGACUGCGAUAUCUACAACAAUGCCGGAUACAGUUAUGAUCUCAGCUGCGCCGUGUGUGAACGUGCCAUGACACACGUCGACGGCUGUUACAGCAUCCCUAAUGUGAAUAUCCGCGGUCACCUCUGCAAGACCAAUACCAUGUCCAACACUGCCUUCAGAGGCUUUGGUGGUCCCCAAGGUAUCUUCAUCGCCGAGUCUUUCAUGGAAGAAGCCGCCGAUCGCCUAGGCAUGAGCGUCGAGCUCCUCCGCGAAAUCAACUUUUAUAAGCAUCACGAGGAGACGCACUUCAACCAAAUGCUGCAAGACUGGCACGUACCUCUAAUGUAUAAGCAGGUCUAUGACGGCUUUGACUAUGCCGAGCGUAGAAAGGCAAUCACCCAGUUCAACUUGGACAACAAGUGGCGCAAGCGUGGCCUAUCCAUCAUUCCGACCAAGUUUGGUAUCUCUUUCACGGCGCUUUUCUUGAACCAAGCUGGUGCGCUGGUACAUAUUUACCAUGAUGGAUCGGUGCUAGUAGCCCACGGCGGCACAGAAAUGGGCCAAGGUCUUCAUACCAAGAUGACGCAGAUUGCCGCGCAGGCGCUCGGUGUCCCAUUAGACAAUGUCUUUAUUUCGGAGACUGCAACAAAUACUGUCCCUAACACGUCUCCGACGGCUGCUUCGGCAUCAUCCGAUCUGAAUGGUUUUGCCAUCUUCAAUGCCUGCCAGCAAAUCAAUGAACGCUUGGCGCCAUACCGAGAAAAGCUAGGCAAGGAUGCGACAAUGAAGCAGCUCGCUCAUGCAGCGUACUUUGAUCGAGUCAAUCUCUCGGCGCAGGGAUUCUACAAGACACCCGAGAUUGGAUACAACUGGGAUACCAACAAGGGCAAGAUGUUCUUCUACUUUACACAGGGUGUUGCUGCUGCCGAGGUAGAGAUCGACACGCUGACAGGCGCAUGGACGUGUCUGCGCUCAGACAUCAAGAUGGAUGUUGGCCAGUCUAUCAACCCGGCCAUUGACUACGGUCAGAUCCAAGGUGCCUUUAUUCAGGGCAUGGGCCUGUUUACAAUGGAAGAGUCUCUUUGGCUGUCCAGCGGUCCUGGAGCAGGCAACCUCUUUACUCGUGGCCCGGGAGCUUACAAGAUUCCUGGUUUCCGCGAUAUUCCUCAAGAGUUCAAUGUCUCGCUUCUCAAGGAUGUCGAAUGGAAGGAGCUUCGAACUAUUCAGCGUAGUCGCGGUGUGGGAGAGCCGCCACUGUUCCUGGGCAGUGUUGUCUUCUUUGGUAUUCGUGACGCUCUCAAGGCAGCUCGUCGCAGCGUGGGUGUUGAGGCGACAAUUGGUCAGGAUGACAGUCCUGGAUUGCUGAGAUUGACUAGCCCGGCGACAUCAGAGAGAAUUCGACUGGCUUGUGAGGAUGAUAUCAUGAAGCGAGCGCGAGUUGAGCCUAAGGAGGGCCAGAAGGGCUUCUUUGUAUUUAUUUAAAGUUUGCAGCUGAUUUGGGAAACAGUGUUAAGAUUGCCAACUGUUGGGAUCAUAGCAUUUUAUUUUGUCUCACGUAAUUUGAAUAAAGUCUGUAUCAAGUAAAGAAAAAUCUAUUUUUGUUAAAAAAAUAAAUUCAGUCCAA